GUACGGUAACUGCGCGCUGGAGCCUGCAGUAAGGAGCGAGGCCUGCAGCUGUCACUGCUUGUCAGCGUGCAUUUCACUUCGGACCAUGGCCGCCCAGAUAGCAGACCGCUUGUCCGGCCAGGAGGAGGAAAUUCGCCGCCUUAGUGAUGAAAUCGGGCGGCUGCUUGACCUGGGACUAACCGGGACCGUAGAAGCGAAUGCCAGCCCGGCCUUGGAGCAGCUGCGGUCCGAGAACGAGAAGCUCAAAUACCGCAUAGUUCACCUGCAGCGUAGCCUAAAGGAGGAGCAGGAGAGGGGGAGGCCUGAGGAGAGCAGCGGCCAGGUCUGCAACGGGAGGCUGGAGAAGCAAGAGAAGAAAGGCUGCUCCGGGGAGGAGGAGGACGGGGCGACCGGGGAGAGGCCCGGGGCUGAGGCUGCGCCGGAGGAUAAGCAGAAUGUGCAUGAAAAGCCAUCCACUCAGCAGAACAAGAGAAAAAAGGUGAAGAAAUCAGGAUCUGAAGGUGGACCCAAGCAAGAGGAGGUAUGCAAUGCUCCAGCAUUUAUAUCAGACAGGCUACAGCUGUAUGAAGCUUUGAGAAGGGAACACGAUGCUUUGCUUGCAGAUCGUGCUAGAAACCAUAGUCAGCCUAUUAAAAUCACAUUAGCUGACGGGAAAGCAGUCAGUGGGGAAUCCUGGAGAACAACACCAUAUCAGGUGGCGGCUGGCAUCAGUCGCGGAUUGGCAGAUAAUAUCAUCAUAGCCAAGGUGAACAAUGAGCUUUGGGACCUAGACCGUCCAUUAGAAGGAGACUCCUCUCUGGAACUGCUUACAUUUGACAACGAGGAAGCUAAAGCGGUCUACUGGCACUCCAGCGCUCACAUCCUUGGAGAGACAAUGGAGAAUUACUAUGGUGGUUGUCUUUGCUAUGGCCCACCUAUAGAAAAUGGCUUUUAUUAUGACAUGUUCUUAGAGGAAAGAGGUGUGUCGAGCAAUGAAUUUCCUGCUCUGGAGAACAUAUGUAAAUCUAUUAUUAAAGAGAAGCAACCAUUUGAAAGGCUGGAAGUCCGUAAAGAGCUACUAUUAGAAAUGUUUAAGUACAACAAAUUUAAGUGCCGGAUUUUGAAUGAAAAGGUUAACACACCAACUACAACCGUGUACAGAUGUGGACCUCUUAUAGACCUGUGUAGAGGACCCCAUGUGAGACACACUGGGAAGAUCAAAGCCUUAAAAAUCUAUAAGAAUUCUUCUACAUACUGGGAAGGCAAGUCUGACAUGGAGACGCUGCAAAGAAUCUAUGGAAUAUCUUUCCCUGAUAACAAGCUGAUGAAAGAAUGGGAGACAUUCCAAGAAGAAGCUAAAAACAGGGAUCACAGAAAGAUCGGAAGGGAACAAGAACUCUUCUUCUUCCAUGAAUUGAGUCCAGGUAGCUGUUUCUUUUUGCCUAGAGGAGCCCACAUUUAUAACACUCUCAUUGACUUCAUUAAAGCAGAAUACCAGAAAAGAUAUUUUGCAGAGGUAGCAACUCCAAAUAUCUACAACAGUAAACUGUGGGAAGCCUCCGGUCACUGGCAGCAUUACAGUGAGAACAUGUUCUCCUUUGAGGUGGAGAAAGAAACUUUUGCUCUUAAACCUAUGAAUUGCCCAGGACACUGCCUGAUGUUGUCACACCGCCCUCGGUCCUGGAGGGAGUUACCCCUGCGCUUAGCAGAUUUUGGCGUCCUUCAUCGUAAUGAGCUUUCUGGAACAUUAAGCGGUCUUACUCGAGUCAGGAGAUUUCAACAGGAUGAUGCUCAUAUUUUCUGUACUAUGGAACAGAUAGAGGAAGAGAUGAAAGGAUGUCUUCAGUUCCUUCAGUCUGUAUAUGCUGUGUUUGGGUUCACUUUCCAACUCCACCUCUCAACCAGGCCUGAUAAUUACCUGGGAGAAAUAGAGAUUUGGGAUCAAGCCGAAAAGCAAUUAGAAAACAGCCUAAAUGAGUUUGGAGAGCCAUGGAAACUAAACCCAGGAGAUGGAGCUUUUUAUGGCCCCAAGAUUGAUAUUACAAUCAAAGAUGCCAUUGGCCGGUACCAUCAGUGCGCAACCAUACAGCUAGAUUUCCAGCUGCCCAUCAGGUUUAAUUUGACGUAUGUGAGCAAAGAUGGAGAUGAUAAGAGAAGACCGGUUAUUAUUCAUCGUGCCGUCUUAGGAUCAGUAGAGAGGAUGAUAGCUAUUCUCUGUGAAAACUACAGUGGAAAGUGGCCAUUCUGGUUGUCACCCCGUCAGAUCAUGGUAGUCCCUAUAGGACCAAGCUGCGAUGAAUAUGCGCAAAAGGUAUGCAAGGACUUCUUCGAUGCAGGCUUCAUGGCUGAUAUCGACCUGGACCAAAGCUGCACUUUAAACAAGAAGAUACGAAAUGCGCAGCUGGCUCAGUACAAUUUCAUUUUUGUGGUAGGAGAGAAGGAGAAGGCUAACCUUGCAGUGAACGUGCGAACAAGAGAUAACAAAGUACAUGGGGAGGUUUCCAUAACAACCGCAAUACAAAAACUGCUCAACCUGAAGACGUCACGCUGCAAAUAUGCAGAAGAAGAAUUUUGAUGGUGGAAUGAAAAACCCCAUAUGCAUUUUCAAGCAAGUUGGAUACUGUAAACAAGUCAGUUGCCAAUAAAAUGAAAUUGACAACUUGAUAAAUAA